CCCCGGAAGUGACGCAGGGCAGGGAGGGGUUCUUCUCCCGGUCCGGCUGCUGAAGCUCGGCGCUUGGGUUACCCCUGCAGCGACGCCCCCUGGUCCCACCGAUACCACUGCUGCUCCCGCCCCUUCAGUCCUCGGCCGCGCAAUGGGCACCCGCGACGACGAGUACGACUAUCUCUUCAAAGUUGUCCUUAUCGGAGAUUCUGGUGUUGGAAAGAGUAAUCUCUUGUCUCGAUUUACUCGAAAUGAGUUUAAUCUUGAAAGCAAGAGCACCAUUGGAGUAGAGUUUGCAACAAGAAGCAUCCAGGUUGAUGGGAAGACAAUAAAGGCACAGAUAUGGGACACAGCUGGGCAAGAGCGAUAUCGAGCUAUAACAUCAGCAUAUUAUCGUGGAGCUGUAGGUGCCUUAUUGGUUUAUGACAUUGCUAAACAUCUCACCUAUGAAAAUGUAGAGCGAUGGCUGAAAGAACUGAGAGAUCAUGCUGAUAGUAACAUUGUUAUCAUGCUUGUGGGCAAUAAGAGUGAUUUGCGUCAUCUCAGGGCAGUUCCUACAGAUGAAGCAAGAGCUUUUGCAGAAAAGAAUGGUUUGUCAUUCAUUGAGACAUCAGCUCUAGACUCUACAAAUGUAGAAGCUGCUUUUCAGACAAUCCUGACAGAGAUAUACCGCAUUGUUUCCCAGAAGCAAAUGUCAGACAGACGUGAAAAUGACAUGUCUCCAAGCAACAAUGUGGUUCCUAUUCACGUUCCACCAACCACUGAAAAUAAGCCAAAGGUGCAGUGCUGUCAGAACAUAUAAGGCGUUUCUCUUCUCCCCUAGAAGGCUGUGUAUAGUCCAUUUCCCAGGUCUGAGAUUUAAAUAUAUUUGUAAUUCUUGUGGUCACUUUUGUGUUUUAUUACUUCCUUCUACUUAAUGAAUGUUCCAUGUUUUAAGUUUUUUGAUUUUAGCUUUAUAAAAUCAUCCAUUUGUCCCGAAUGACUGCAGCUUUAUUUCAUGCUAUGGCUUCACUAGCCUUAGUUUAAUAAACUGAAUGUUUGGAUUCCUCAAUUAUUGUUUACUUUUCAUCAUGGAAACCUGUCACUGUAGGACAUAAUAGAACUUGAUCACUUGAAGCUCAGACCUGUUUGUCUUGAUCAAAUCAAAUUAAGAAGACUUUAGAAAUAAGCUAUCCUUUUGCCACAGAGCAGCUUAUAAUUCAUACACUCUUCUCUCAGUGCAGUAUAUAUUUCCACAAAUCUAAUAAUUGCCCUGUAAACAUAGCACCUUGAAAAUUUUCCAUUAUUCUGGAAGUCACUUUCUAAAAUGCCUUAAUAGGGUUAUGUAGUUCAGUAAUUUUUGUUUUUAAUUUUCAUAAGCAUCAGUUCAUUUGAGAGGGCACUUUUUUUUUCUGGACAAGAAUUAUCUUAAUAAACACAAAAGACUGCA